GGCGGCGAGGCCGGCGCCGGGCGGCGGAAGUGGUUACCGCGCUGGGACUGGAGUGUUUGUGUUUUGGUUAGCGAAGGAGCCGGCGGCCGGCCUGAGGGGAGGAGGGAGGAGGAAGAAGAAUUAGUGGGAACUCGAGCGCCGGCGGCGGCGGAGGAGGAAAAAGCAAAGAGGAAGGCGGAGCGGCGGGAGGCGGAGACGGAGACCGACGGGGGCGGCACCGCGGCACGAGCCCCGCACCGUCCAGUCUGAGGGGAGCGGCGAGACGAGGAGACGCGCCGCCGCCGCCGCCUUAGCCUCAGCCUCCUCUCGGGCUCCGCCUGGGACCUGCAGCCGGAAGCUUCGGCGCCGCGGCCCCGCGCGCUGCGGACUCAGGUUUCUCUACCUCCAGAAAGAAAAAAAUUGACACCUUGCAUCCUGGAAGUUCAUUUAAGAGACUGAAAUUAGGGACUUCUUUCAAAUUUGGACAUGGCUAAUCGAGGAGCAACAAGACCCAAUGGGCCAAAUACUGGAAAUAAAAUAUGCCAGUUCAAAUUAGUACUUCUGGGAGAGUCUGCUGUUGGCAAAUCGAGCCUGGUGCUUCGUUUUGUGAAGGGCCAAUUUCAUGAAUUUCAAGAGAGUACCAUUGGGGCUGCUUUUCUAACCCAAACGGUGUGUCUUGAUGACACAACGGUAAAGUUUGAAAUAUGGGAUACAGCUGGUCAAGAACGAUACCAUAGCCUAGCACCAAUGUACUACAGAGGAGCACAAGCAGCCAUAGUUGUAUAUGAUAUCACAAACGAGGAGUCCUUUGCCAGAGCCAAAAACUGGGUUAAAGAGCUUCAGAGGCAGGCCAGCCCUAACAUUGUUAUAGCUUUGUCAGGAAACAAGGCUGACCUCGCAAAUAAAAGAGCUGUCGAUUUCCAGGAAGCACAGUCCUAUGCAGAUGACAACAGUUUAUUAUUUAUGGAGACAUCAGCUAAAACAUCAAUGAAUGUAAAUGAAAUAUUCAUGGCAAUAGCUAAAAAGUUGCCGAAGAGUGAACCACAGAAUCCAGGAGCAAAUUCUGCCAGAGGAAGAGGAGUAGACCUUACUGAACCCACGCAGCCAACCAGGAGUCAAUGCUGUAGUAACUAAACCUCCAGUUUAAACUAACUGGAAUGUUCUUCUGCUUCCUAAUUGUUAAUAACAGUGGAAUUGGAGCAUUUAACCAGCCCAGUAUGACUUCCAAAAAGAAGAGACUUACGAUAGUCAAGUUUCUAAUACAGAAUUAUUUUAAGUGUUUUGAACUUAAUUUUUAAUAACAUGCAUGUGACCCUCUGACUAAUGUUUCAGCAGUGAAAGGGGAAAAUGAGAGCUGUGUGUACACUUAUUUCCUUGGAAUGUUAGCGGGACUCACUUCUCUUCACCAGGGAUAUAAACAGAUGACUCUGAACCACAGGUAACCAGCCAGUUCUGUGAAAAAGAUUUGGAACUUACUCAUUUGGGCUUUUCAGAAAAAAUUCUUUCUUUGGAAGGAGGUUCUAAAGAUAUUUAUGCUUAGCUACGAUAUUCAGGCCACCUGUAAUUUCUCUUAGUAUCCUUAUUUAAAGUACACAUUCCACAUUUUAACAAAUUAGCCACAAUGAAGCAGUCCCACAUCUUCAGGGGGAAAAAAUGAACAUUAGUGGCAUCUGAAUUAUAGCUAGUCCUGUUAUUUUUUAAAUGGGGUAAAAAAAAAAAAAAAAGUCAUAUGUAACCCUGUCUUAUUUUAGGAAUAUGAAAACUGAUAAAAUGCAUCUUAAAGAAUAGUGUUCCCUUCAAACAUGUAAGUUCUUCAACAAAAAUGAAACAAACCAGGUGUCCGUGAUUUCUGUUUAAUCACUGCUGGCCAUUACAUAGCUUUUGUUGUUUGGGAGUAGGGAGGGGCUUUUGUGCCCUUUGGACAUAGAAAUAGUCAAUGCACUAACAAUUAUGUACAUUCAAACUUGAUUAUUUCAAAUUCGAUCUUCAGCUGUACUGUAAAUAGGAUACUGCAUUGUAGUCUCCAUAUAUGUUUAUUACUUUUCUGUAAUAUUUAAGAGUUGCUUAAAAGUAUACAAAAUGUACAGUUACUAAAACAGCUAAUUUUUUCCUUCUCUCCCCCUUUGAAAGGAAGGGGCUUGAAUUGUUCCUACCUGGCUAGAACCAUAAUAAACAAUGUACCAGUAAUUUGUAACAUAAGUAUUGGAUAUGUUAGUAACAAUCUUGCAGCCUUGUUUUCCAAAGUUCAUUUUAUUUUGAUCAGUUCAGUAUAUUGCACUAAUUGUUUUAGGUAUUUUCAUUAUAUGAAAUCUACCAUGUGUCAGAGAUGAUUUAAUCUAUUUAAAUGUUGAACUGCUAGCAGAGCUUGUACAUUUACAGUAAUUCAAAAUUAGUAAGAAAAACAGUUCACCAGUGUUUAGUUUUAUAUUGAGGUGCUCAGGUUGGAAUAAAGUGGUAUAAAAAGCAGGUACUGGUUUUUCUCUUUUUUGACAUGAAACAGUGAACAUAUAUAAAUGGUACUGUAUAA